CGCCGCUCCGGAGCCCGGGCCAUGGCGGGCGCCGCGUCCCCCUGCGCCAACGGCUGCGGGCCCGGCGCGCCCUCGGACGCCGAGGUGCUGCACCUCUGCCGCAGCCUGGAGGUGGGCACCGUCAUGACUUUGUUCUACUCCAAGAAGUCGCAGCGGCCGGAGCGGAAGACCUUCCAGGUCAAGCUGGAGACGCGGCAGAUCACGUGGAGCCGCGGCGCCGACAAGAUCGAGGGGGCCAUUGAUAUCCGUGAGAUCAAGGAGAUUCGCCCAGGGAAGACCUCACGGGACUUUGACCGCUAUCAAGAGGACCCUGCUUUCCGGCCAGACCAGUCCCACUGUUUUGUCAUCCUAUAUGGCAUGGAAUUCCGCCUGAAGACCCUGAGCCUUCAAGCUACAUCUGAGGAUGAAGUAAACAUGUGGAUCAAGGGAUUAACUUGGCUGAUGGAGGAUACAUUGCAGGCAGCCACACCCCUGCAGAUUGAGAGGUGGCUUCGAAAGCAGUUUUACUCAGUGGAUCGGAAUCGUGAAGAUCGAAUAUCAGCCAAGGACCUGAAGAAUAUGCUGUCCCAGGUCAACUACCGGGUCCCCAACAUGCGCUUCCUCCGAGAGCGACUGACGGACCUGGAGCAGCGCAGCGGGGACAUCACAUACGGGCAGUUUGCGCAACUGUACCGCAGCCUCAUGUACAGCGCCCAGAAGACGAUGGACCUCCCCUUCUUGGAAGGCAGCGCCCUGAGGGCUGGGGAGCGGCCGGAGCUCUGCCGAGUGUCCCUUCCUGAGUUCCAGCAGUUCCUUCUGGAGUACCAGGGGGAGCUGUGGGCUGUGGACCAGCUCCGUGUGCAGGAGUUUGUGCUCAGCUUCCUAAGAGACCCCUUGCGGGAGAUUGAGGAGCCAUCCCUCUUCCUGGAUGAGUUUGUCACCUUCCUGUUCUCCAAGGAGAACAGUGUGUGGAACGCCCAGCUGGAUGCAGUGUGUCCAGACACCAUGAACAACCCUCUCUCCCACUACUGGAUCUCCUCCUCACACAACACGUACCUGACUGGGGACCAGUUCUCCAGUGAGUCCUCCUUGGAAGCCUAUGCUCGCUGCUUGCGGAUGGGCUGUCGCUGCAUUGAGUUGGACUGCUGGGACGGCCCGGAUGGGAUGCCCGUCAUUUAUCAUGGACACACCCUCACCACUAAGAUCAAGUUCUCCGACGUCCUGCACACCAUCAAGGAGCAUGCCUUUGUGGCCUCAGAGUACCCGGUCAUCCUGUCCAUUGAGGAUCACUGCAGCAUUGCCCAGCAAAGGAACAUGGCCCAGCACUUCAGAAAGGUCCUCGGGGACACACUCCUCACCAAGCCUGUGGACAUCUCUGCCGACGGGCUUCCCUCACCCAACCAGCUCAAGAGGAAAAUUCUCAUCAAGCACAAGAAGCUGGCUGAGGGCAGUGCCUAUGAGGAGGUGCCUACGUCUGUGAUGUACUCUGAGAACGACAUCAGCAACUCCAUCAAGAAUGGCAUUCUCUACCUGGAGGACCCCGUGAACCAUGAAUGGUAUCCUCAUUACUUUGUUCUGACCAGCAGCAAGAUCUACUACUCUGAGGAGACCACUAGUGACCAGGGCAAUGAGGAUGAGGAGGAGCCCAAGGAGGCCAGCGGCAGCACAGAGCUGCACUCCAGCGAAAAGUGGUUCCACGGGAAGCUCGGGGCUGGUCGUGACGGGCGGCACAUCGCUGAGCGCUUGCUUACCGAGUACUGCAUUGAGACCGGGGCACCUGAUGGCUCCUUCCUGGUGCGCGAGAGCGAGACCUUCGUGGGCGACUACACGCUGUCUUUCUGGCGGAAUGGGAAAGUUCAGCACUGUCGCAUCCACUCCAGGCAGGAUGCAGGGACCCCCAAGUUCUUCUUGACAGACAAUCUCGUCUUUGACUCCCUCUAUGACCUCAUCACACACUACCAGCAGGUUCCCCUGCGCUGCAAUGAGUUUGAGAUGCGCCUUUCAGAGCCUGUCCCGCAGACCAAUGCUCAUGAGAGCAAAGAGUGGUACCAUGCCAGCCUGACCAGAGCCCAGGCCGAGCACAUGCUAAUGCGUGUCCCCCGGGAUGGGGCCUUCCUGGUGCGAAAGCGGAAUGAACCCAACUCCUACGCCAUCUCCUUCCGGGCCGAGGGCAAGAUCAAGCAUUGCCGCGUCCAGCAGGAGGGCCAGACGGUGAUGUUGGGGAACUCGGAGUUUGACAGUCUUGUGGACCUCAUCAGCUAUUACGAGAAACACCCUCUGUACCGCAAGAUGAAACUGCGCUAUCCCAUCAAUGAGGAGGCCCUGGAGAAGAUUGGCACAGCUGAGCCAGACUACGGGGCUCUGUAUGAGGGACGUAACCCCGGCUUCUACGUGGAGGCAAACCCAAUGCCAACUUUCAAGUGUACCGUCAAGGCACUCUUCGACUACAAGGCUCAGAGAGAGGACGAGCUGACUUUCACCAAGAGCGCCAUCAUCCAGAACGUGGAGAAGCAGGAGGGAGGCUGGUGGCGGGGGGACUACGGUGGGAAGAAGCAGUUGUGGUUUCCAUCAAACUACGUGGAAGAGAUGGUCAGUCCCACAGCCCUGGAGCCCGAGAGGGAGCACUUGGACGAGAAUAGCCCCCUGGGCGACUUGCUGCGUGGGGUCCUGGAUGUGCCGGUUUGUCAGAUCGCCAUCCGACCGGAGGGCAAGAACAACCGGCUCUUCGUAUUCUCCAUCAGCAUGGCAUCAAUGGCACACUGGUCCCUGGAUGUUGCAGCCGAUUCCCAGGAGGAGCUCCAGGACUGGGUGAAGAAGAUCCGAGAAGUGGCCCAGACUGCAGAUGCCAGGCUCACUGAGGGGAAGAUGAUGGAGCGGAGGAAGAAGAUUGCCCUGGAGCUCUCUGAGCUGGUUGUCUACUGUCGGCCUGUCCCCUUCGAUGAAGAGAAAAUUGGCACAGAACGUGCCUGUUACAGGGACAUGUCGUCUUUCCCGGAAACCAAGGCUGAAAAAUAUGUGAACAAGACCAAAGGCAAGAAGUUCCUCCAAUACAAUCGGCUACAGCUCUCCCGCAUCUACCCCAAGGGCCAGCGACUAGACUCCUCCAACUAUGAUCCCCUACCCAUGUGGAUCUGUGGCAGCCAGCUUGUGGCCCUCAACUUCCAGACUCCAGACAAGCCCAUGCAGAUGAACCAGGCACUCUUCAUGGCUGGUGGGCACUGUGGCUAUGUGCUGCAGCCAGGUACCAUGCGGGAUGACGCUUUUGAUCCCUUUGACAAGAACAGCCUCCGAGGGCUGGAGCCAUGCGCCAUCUGUAUCGAGGUGCUGGGGGCCCGACAUCUGCCCAAGAAUGGCCGAGGCAUUGUGUGUCCUUUUGUAGAGAUUGAAGUGGCUGGAGCUGAGUAUGACAACACCAAACAGAAGACCGAAUUUGUGGUGGACAACGGACUGAACCCUGUGUGGCCGGCCAAACCCUUCCACUUCCAGAUCAGCAACCCUGAGUUUGCUUUCUUGCGUUUUGUGGUGUAUGAGGAAGACAUGUUCAGUGACCAGAACUUCUUGGCUCAAGCUACUUUUCCUGUGAAGGGCCUAAAGACAGGAUACAGAGCUGUGCCUUUGAAGAACAACUACAGUGAGGACCUGGAGUUGGCCUCACUGCUCAUCAAGAUGGACAUCUUCCCGGUCAAGCAGGAAAAUGGAGACAUCAGCCCCUUCUGUGGUACGUCCCUGCGGGAGCGGGGCUCAGACACCUCAGGCCAGCUGUUCCAUGGCCGAACUCGAGAAGGCUCCUUUGAGGCCCGCUACCAGCAGCCCUUUGAGGAUUUCCGUGUCUCCCAGGAGCAUCUUGCAGACCAUUUUGAUGGUCGUGAACGGAGGGCCCCACGGAGGACUCGGGUCAAUGGAGACAACCGCCUCUAGCCCAGCCUCUUGGGGAGCAGCCGGCGCUGCGUGCCUCAUGGAAUACCCUGAACUGGUGUCUUGGGGAGUGGCCUCCCUGGCAGCCUUCCUGUCUCACAGCCUGGAGUUUGUAAUCCAGCCAUGGACUUGAGACCAAAACCAAGCCAUUAAUGAGAUGUGUUACUGUUUGGGGCCUCCACGCCACAGCUCUUAAGUGAAGGCAAAAACUGUCUGGUGUCUCACAUUUAAGCACACAUCUGGCCCUGACUUCUGAAGGUGGAUCCUUUUGUCUUGUGGGGCCAGGCCCAUGGCCAUUCCUCGGGGAGAAGCUGCCUCAACCAGUGGCACAGG